CACUUAAUAUCAGUACCCGAAAGUAUCAACAAGUGUUUUACUACCGGUGCUACAAUUGGCGACGAGGACGAAAAACGGCGAAGGAAAUUUUGGGGACAGCGGAAAACUAGCGGAGUUUCAGAAAACUACAACAGGAAGCGAACCUGGGAACAACAUAUACGGAAGACAAAAUGGCAACGUUCAAUUUCUCGAUAACUCCAUUCGUUGAAAAUGAUGUUGGCCCGACAAGCUCACGUUGGGACAUGUGGAAGGAUCAAUUCAGUGCGUAUCUCGCACUGAAGAACGUAUGUGAUCACGAGGAAAUGUUCCGAGCUUUAAUGUGCUUCGGAGGGCCAGACGUACGGAAAAUUGCUCAAAAUGUUUCUCUACCGGACGGUAACAUAAUGGACAAUCGGUAUCGAUUAGCAAUGGACGCUUUGGACGGCUAUUACGCUCCUCGUAUGUCUCUGCGGUAUGAGCGAUUUAAAUUUAGGCAAAUGAAAUUUGACCCGCAUGAAAAGCUAGACCAUUUCGUCAUCCGUCUGCGAUCUCAAGCAGCACUAUGCAAUUUUGAUGAGCAACUUGAGCAAAUGUUAAUGGACCAAAUUGUUUUCGCUACGCAAAAUGACGAUAAAUUGCGUGCGAAAUAUCUCGAAGUAGACGUCUGUCUGGAUGAUAUGCUGAAAAUUGGUAGAACUCACUAUUCAGUGAAAGCUCAGGUUCAAGAGCUCCGUGGAAAAACCGACGACGUUGGAGAUUUGAAUGUUAUGGAUACUGCCAAUCAAACUGCAGACAAACAGGUGAGGACAUGUUUCAGAUGCCUUGGAAAUCAUUUCGCCAAAGAUCCAGGAUGCCCAGCACGUUCAUCGCGGUGCAAUAAGUGCAAGUCAAAGGGACAUUUCGCUCGGUGUUGUGAUCGCUUUCAGAAAUUUUUCAAACAACGACCAAGAUUUACCAACACAAGAAAACAAGAAACUGGUGAAAAUAUUCGUCGUUUUGACAAGAAACCUAAGUUUAUUCACGAGAUCGAAGACGUUACAAAGCCAGUUGAAAUUCGAGAAUUGUUUCAUCUAAAUGGUAAACGGUUGAUUCAAGCCACCGUAGGUGGCGCUGCCCUUCAGUUCGUCGUUGACACAGGUGCUGACGAAGAUGUUCUGAGUGAAGCUGAUUGGAACACCUUGAAACAAGUUGGUUUCGAAGCGUUUGGAGCUCGACGUGGAAGUAACAAGGUUUUCAACGCGUAUGGAUCGAACAAACCGCUACAAGUGCUAGGAGAAGUUGAUGUGAAAAUUCAAAUAGAUGGAAGUUCCUGUUAUACUACAUUCUAUGUCAUCAAGGGUGGCAAAUGUUCUUUGCUAUCGGGCAGCAGCGCGGAAAAGCUUGGUGUGGUAAAAUUUCUCAGAACAUUGUCCGCUGAUACUUUACCUGUAAUUAAAGAUUUUUGCGCAUCAAUCAAAAUUGAUAGAGCAGUACCGCCUGUCCAACAGUCCUAUCGUCGGAUUCCAGUUUCUUUAGAAGAGUUAGCUCUUUUGAAACUUAAGGAGUUAGAAAAGCAGGACGUAAUCGAACGUGUGCAGGGUGCAUCUGAAUGGGUUUCCCCAAUGAUAGUGAAAAGGAAAAGUGCGAAUGAAGUAAGAAUUAUUAUUGAUUUGCGAGAAGCCAACAAAGCGAUUAUUAGGAGAUUCAUCCGCUUCCAACUAUGGAACAAAUGGUUUGCCGAUUGCGUGGAAGUAAAGUUUUCACUAAAUUGGACAUAA